AAAAUGAAAAGGACUGAAAUAAAAAAACAGAUACAGACAUACAAAGGAUUCAGAUGGCAAGUAAUAUUUUCCUUCCUAAUUUCCUGUCUCUGUCAUUCAGUCUCAGGUCAGAUUCAUUAUUCCAUUGUAGAAGAAAUGAGAAAAGACUCUUUUAUAGCAAAUAUUGCAGAUGAUCUGGAAUUAGAUAUCAAUUCACUCUCAUCUAGAAAAAUGAGAAUUGGAUCACGUGUAGCAGAUAAAUAUUUUUAUGUGAAUGGUGAUAAUGGCAAUCUGUAUGUUAAGGACAGGAUAGAUAGAGAGACUUUGUGUGAGGCAGAAGCUACCUGCUUCCUAACCUUUGAUGUUGUGGUUCAAAAUCCCUUAAAUAUUUUUAGAGUCACAAUAGACAUUCAGGAUAUAAAUGAUAAUCCUCCAGUUUUUUAUCUUGACUCAUUUACAUUUGAAGCAAUUGAAUCAAUACCACCAGGGACAACCUUUGCUUUACAAAAUGCAAAAGAUCCAGAUUUUGGUAUUAAUUCAGUCCAGAUAUAUAAGCUUAGUGACAACAAACAUUUUGCACUGAGUGAGAAAAUCAAUUCAGAUGGAAGUACAUUUCUUGAGCUUGUGCUAGAAAAACCUUUAGAUCGAGAAUAUCAAAAUGUGCAUGAAUUUUUAUUAUCAGCUACUGAUGGAGGAAAACCUAUGAGAUCUGCCACUGCAUUGGUGAAGAUCAUUGUCACAGAUGCUAAUGAUAAUUUUCCAGUAUUUACACAGACAGUGUAUAAAGCCAGCACAAGUGAAAAUAUGCCAAUUAAUACUUCAAUAAUUACAGUGACUGCUAGUGACAAAGAUGAAGGAAUAAAUGCACAAAUAAACUAUUCUUUCAUUGAAACAUCAGGGAGUGUACACCAUACAGGAACUUUCUGCAUUAAUCCAAAGACUGGUGACAUCAAAAUAUAUAAGAAGCUAGAUUUUGAAUUGACAAAACAUUAUGAACUUUCAGUACAAGCAAAAGAUGGAGGUGCCCUUACAGCUCAUUGUAAAGUUUUGAUAGACAUCAUAGAUGAAAAUGAUAAUGCUCCUGAGAUAUCCAUCACUUCACUCUUUUCUCCUGUCUCAGAAGAUUCUACACCUGGAACAGUAAUAGCUGUAAUUGAAGUUGAAGAUCAAGAUUCUGGAGAAAAUAGAUACAUUGAUUGCAAGCUAAUGAAACAACCUUUAUUUAGCUUAGUUAUGUCAUCUGAUAAUUAUUAUAGAAUUGUUACAACAGGUGAACUAGAUAGAGAGAAAGUAUCCAGUUAUGAUAUCACAAUUGUAGCUACUGACAGGGGAUCUUCUCCACUUUCGAGCAGAAAAACCAUCAGACUAAACAUAUCCGAUGUUAAUGACAAUCCACCAGUAUUUAUGACAUCUUCUUUUAUUGUUAACAUACUAGAGAACAAUUUACAAGGUGUCUCAGUAUACAAUAUCCAAGCUUCUGAUCCUGAUGCUGCAGAAAAUGCCAAAAUUACUUAUUCGAUAUGCAACAUUGAUGCAGAACAUUUCACCGCGUCUUAUAUUUCUAUCAAUAUGGAGACUGGAGUGCUUUAUGCUCAGAAAACUUUUGAUUUUGAGCAACACAAGGAUUUUUUAAUAGAAGUAAUUGCUACAGACAAUGGAUCACCAUCUCUGAGUACCAACACAACAUUACUUAUCAAUAUAGUGGAUCAGAAUGAUAAUGCACCAAGAAUCCUGUUUCCAUCCCCAGGAAGUGGUGGGCAUGAUCCAUUUGAAAUGGUUCCUUUCACAGCUGAACCUGGUUCUUUAAUAACAAAGGUGGUUGCAGUGGAUGAAGACUCGGGACAUAAUGCAUGGCUUUCCUAUCAUUUUAUGCAACUGUCAGAAUCAUCAGUUUUUGUUAUUAAUAAAAAUACAGGAGAAAUUAGGACAUCACAUAUCUUUCAGGAGAAGGAUAUGCUGAAUCAGAAGGUUGUGGUGAUGGUUAGAGAUAAUGGGAUUCCACCUCUCUCAGCCACAGUCACCUUAAGCCUCAUUGUUGCAGAUAGCUUUCAGCAGAUUGUUCCAAAACUCAGCAAUCAGCUUACCAAUGAUGAUCAUCAGUCACACUUGCAAUGGUACUUGGUAGUUUCUUUAGCAUUAAUCUCUUUCUUGUUUAUUAUAACUGUUAUAUUGGUUAUUGUAUCAAAAUGCAAAGAGCCAAAACCAUUACCAAACUUUGGAACUUUAACUUCAAGUCUGUAUCCUCCAGCUGAUCCCAGGAUACUAUCUAUGUAUAGUGAGGGAACUUUGCCCUUACCCUACUCAUACAAUGUUUGUGUGGCCUUGGACCCAUCUGAGAGUGACUUUGGUCUUGUAAAUUCAAAUCAAAAUAUACCUGUGGAUAAUCUCAUUGACACAGAUUAUUCAGGUCUGGAAAAUGAGAGUUUUAAAGAAAUACUUCCAUCUACUGGAGUUAGCACCACACCUCCCGGCCGCCCCAUAAUAUCCAGUAUUGAAAGCCUCACCAGUGGCCUUUCCCGCUAUGUGGACAGCUUCUUACAACCUAUCGUUACCACACUACCGUCCUACCUUAGAGACUCUGGGCAUCUCAUCGAAGCUUUACGCCCUUACUCCUGGGAACCCUCAUACCAUUGGGUCUCCCUCGACAUUUGCUCACGCUAUACUUCCAUCCCUCAUGAAGUAGGCCUACAAGCGCUACAACCUUAUCUAUCCCAACAAACAGAUGUCCACUAUAAGCAGGCACAAUUCAUCCUCAAUUCCACCAAGUUCACCCUUGAGCAUAACUACUUUACCUUCCUAGAUAAUUUUUACCUCCAGAUCCAAGGCACAGCCAUGGGAGCCAACUACGCCCCAAGCUAUGCAAACCUGACCAUGGGACUCUGGGAGGAAUUCCACAUUUGGCACCUCAUCUUUUUUGGCCGUUACAUAAAUUACAUUCUCAUAAUCUGGGAUGGCCCACCGGACACUAUCCAGGACUUCGUGGCACACUGUAACACCAACCCCUCGGGUCUAAGUUUCACCCAUGUCACCGACCAGCGCAGCUUGGUCUUCCUAGACCUAGAACUCACACACUCCGAAGGUAAAAUCAUCACCAAAACACACUUCAAACCUACUGCUGGCAACUCAUAUCUCCACUUCAAGAGUUGCCACCACCCCCUCUGGAAGCGCAAUGUCCCCAAAGGCCAAUUUUGCAGGAUCAGCAAGAAUUGCACCAAUAAAGAGGAUUAUGUACAACAAAGCCACAUCCUGAAAAGCAAAUUUCUCGAAAAAGGCUACCCAAAACACCUCAUUACCAAAGCCCAGGAUCAGUUCAUUAAAAUGGUCCCCAAACCAUCACCUAAGAAACCGGUCGAGGAACACCCCAAAAAACAGCCCGCUUCAUUACCCCAUUCAAUAACAGUUACAAGGCCAUUGAAGCCAUCCUCCACACCGCCCGCGGCUCGCGCCGCAACACCCGCACUACAGGCUUCCCCAGCAAACGCCUGCAGGUCACAGCUCCGUCAGACUGUCAGAAAGCCACGGCUGCUGAACACUCUGUCACUCCGGCGCCUCCAUCGCUCUCCAGUCCCCCCAUCCUGGACACCACGUCGCUCCACCUCUUCACAGCACCUGCCAUCAGAGGACACCUGUGCCAGCAACCGUCCUGAGGACCACCCCACGGCCCACCGCCCAGGCACAACUCUGGCCGCACCGUCAUCGCUGAGAGUCGCCCUUCAGUAUCCCCACGUACAAGCAAAAGAUGGUGGUGCCCUUGCAGCCCAUUCUAAAGUGUUAAUAGAAGUCAUAGAUAAAAAUGAUAAUGCUCCUGAGAUAUCCAUCACUUCACUCUUUUCUCCUGUCCCAGAAGAUUCCAUACCAGGAACAGUAACAGCUCUAAUUGAAGUUGACGAUCAUGAUUCUGGAGAAAAUCGAAACAUUGAUUGCAAACUAAUAGAACAGCAUUUAUUCAAUUUGCUAUUUUCAUCUGAUAGUUAUUAUAGAAUUGUUACAAUAGAUGACAUGGACAGAGAAAGGGCAUCCAGUCAUAAUAUCACAGUUGUGGCUACUGACAAAGGAUCUCCCCCACUUUCCAACAGAAGGACCAUCAAACUGGAUAUAUCAGAUGUUAAUGAUAAUCCACCAGUAUUUAUUAAAUAUACUUAUGCUGUGUAUAUACCACAAAACUAUUUUCCAGGUGUCUCAAUAUAUAGUGUACAAGCUUCUCAUCAUGAUGCUGGAGACAAUGCUAAACUUAUUUAUUCAAUAUUCAGUAUUAAUGCAGAAGAUUUCCCAAUGUCCUCUUAUCUUUCCAGCAAUAUGGAGACUGGAGCACUUUAUGCUCAGAAAUCUUUUGAUUUUGAGCAACACAAAGAGUUUUUAGUACAAGUAAUUGCUACAGACAAAGGAUCACCAUCUCUGAGUAGCUACACAACUUUAGUUAUCCCUAUUGUGGAUGUGAAUGAUAAUGCCCCAAAAAUCUUAUUCCCAUCAGCACAAAUUGAUGAGCAGGAUCCAUUUGAGAUGGUUGUUUUCACAGCUGAGCCUGGUUCUUUAAUAACAAAGGUGGUUGCAGUGGAUGAAGACUCAGGACAUAACGCUUGGCUUUCCUAUCAUUUCAUACAUAUUUGA